AUGCCUGUCUCCGAAGCCUUUGCUAAGUUGUGCGUAACUGAAAAGCCUGCUGCCGAAUCUGCCGUUGCAGUGAAGUCCCUGGUUUUCAAGCCAAAGACACCAAAGUCUGCCACUCCCGUCCCCAUCGUAGUGGUGGCCUUGCAGUCCACCACUACUGGCUCUCCAUUAAUUGCGAGCGCCACUUCUACCAAGGAUCCAAGAUUAGCUCGUGAUGAUUUGGUCAAGCAAGCGUUCCAAUCUGAGUCUGCCAGAGCUUUCAUUCUGGGCGAUUUGGCUAACGCCACAACCGAUUUCCACUUACUGAUUGACCAAGAGUUGAGCACUGUGGACGGUGACACCGUUUUGCAGCUAAACGAUACCACGUUCAUGAAGAAGGCUGACAUGAUGAAGUUUCUAAGCGAUUUUGAAAAAUUCCAGAAGGUGGUUGAUUUCUCUCAGGAAGUGACCAAGGAGGCCGCUACCGAUGGCAAGAAACAACAGAAGAAGCAGCAACCUUCUAAGGCUGCUGCAGCUGCCGCUGCUGCCGCUGCCGCUGCCGCUUUGGAGGACGCCAAAUUGAUCGGCAUCACCGUAGACAAGGCUUUGGACUUCCCGGGCUGGUACCAACAAAUCUUGACCAAAGGUGAAAUGUUGGACUACUAUGAUGUUUCUGGUUGUUACAUCUUGAGACCUCCUUCUUAUUCCAUUUGGGAAAGCAUCCAGAGAUGGUUUGACGACAAAAUCAAGGCCAUUGGUGUGCAAAACGCAUACUUCCCAAUGUUUGUCUCCUCCCGUGUCUUGGAAAAGGAAAAGGACCAUGUCGAAGGUUUUGCUCCAGAGGUUGCCUGGGUCACCAGAGCUGGUUCCUCCGAAUUGGAAGAACCAAUCGCAAUCAGACCAACUUCUGAAACCGUGAUGUACCCUUACUACGCCAAGUGGAUCCAAUCCUACAGGGACUUACCUUUGAAACUAAACCAGUGGAAUUCUGUCGUUAGAUGGGAGUUCAAGCACCCUCAACCUUUCUUGAGAACCAGAGAAUUCUUGUGGCAAGAAGGUCAUACUGCUCAUUUGACUUCUAAGGACGCUGAAGAGGAGGUCUUGCAAAUCUUGGAUUUCUACGCUGGUGUUUACGAAGAAUUAUUAGCCGUUCCUGUUGUAAAAGGUAGAAAGACUGAAAAGGAAAAAUUUGCUGGUGGUGAUUUUACCACAACCUGUGAAGGUUAUAUUCCACAGACCGGCCGUGGUAUUCAAGGUGCUACCUCUCAUCACCUGGGCCAAAACUUCUCCAAGAUGUUCAACUUGUCUGUGGAGAACCCAUUAGGUUCAGACCACCCAAAGAUCUUUGCUUACCAAAAUUCUUGGGGUCUAUCCACCCGUGUCAUCGGUGUCAUGGUCAUGAUCCAUUCCGACAAUAAAGGUCUGGUUAUCCCCCCAAGAGUGUCUCAAUACCAAUCCGUUGUUAUUCCAGUAGGUAUCACAAAGAAGACUUCUGAAGAGCAACGUAAACACAUUCACGAAUCCGCCAGAAGCGUGGAAGCUCGUUUAAAGAAGGUCGGUAUUAGAGCCUUUGGUGACUAUAACGAUAAUUAUACUCCAGGCUGGAAAUUCUCUCAAUAUGAGUUGAAGGGUACACCAAUCCGUAUUGAAUUGGGUCCUAAGGAUAUUGAAAAGAACCAAGUUGUCGUUGUCCGUAGAAACGACUCCAAGAAAUAUGUCGUUUCCCUUGAUGACUUGGAAACUCGUAUUCCAGAAAUCUUGGAAGAGAUGCAAGGCGAUUUAUUCAAAAAGGCUAAGGAACUAUUUGACACUCACAGAGUUGUCAUUAAUGAAUGGAGAGAUUUUGUUCCAGCUUUGAACAAGAAAAAUGUUAUUUUGGCUCCAUGGUGUGGCAUCACUGAAUGUGAAGAAGACAUCAAAGAAUCUUCUGCAAAGAGAGACGAUGGUGAAGAAUUUGAAGAGGACGACAAGGCUCCAAGUAUGGGUGCUAAGUCUCUAUGUAUUCCAUUUGACCAACCUAUAUUGAAUGAUGGUCAAAAGUGUAUCAAGUGUGAACGUACUGCUGUUAACUACUGUAUGUUUGGUCGUUCUUAUUAG